GUUUUCGGUAGGUCGACGUACCAGCUGCUAGCGAUCACACUUGCUAAGAUAGAAAGCUGGGAUUUAACGAAGACCAAAUGUACUUUUUACAGUGAUUAGGAAAAGAGAUAAUAAUGCACCAGCAACAUACACAAGAUCACAUGUCUCAGGAUCUUCUAACAGCUAGUGUCUGGAGAACAUUACCUACAGAAAUUAAAGUACAAUUAUUUCGUCCAAAUCGAUAUGUACUUCUUGAUAGUCGUGUUCAUUCAAUCACUGUUAAAAAAGUUGCUUCUAAUCAAAACAGCAAAAAAAGUAUUAGCAAUACCACCAAUGCAUUACAUCCUUUUAUAUAUUCUGAAAUUCCAAUGGAAAUCAAACACUUGUACGAUGACCAUGAUAAUACUCAGGGAACAGGAACAACAACAACUGAGACUACUUCUUUACCUUCUCCACUCACUUCUCUGACACGGAGUUCACCGUCAACGACAAAAGAUUUUGACAGUGUAUUCAACUUAAACCAGUUCAGUGAUUAUGAGAAAACUUUCUCAUUGAAGUGUUUACAGUCGGCAGCGAAACCGCCACAUGUGAUUUUAUUCAACGAUGGCUUAUUUAUCCGUUUAACGUCACAAUUCUCCUUUCGUUUUUGGCCAAUUGAAUUGAUUUGGAUUGAAAUGGAUGAAAAACUAAGUGAUUCUGAAUUUGAGCUUCGAACACCAGAAGGCUUCUAUAAGCUUGUAUCCUCACUAUGGCAUGCUGUUUUGUUGAAAACUAUCAAAUCUGUAUGCUCAAAUCGUGGUGAUUUAUUCGUUAGUCGAAAUGGGAGUAUAUCUCCUCAAGAUAAUACAGUAGAAUCUAAUUCUAUUCGUGAACGUCGCUGUUGCCUAUAUCAUUUAUUUCGAUCUGGCCCACUUGAAAGCUUCGCCUAUUAUGGUUCUUGGCUGAAUGGUAGACUGGAUGGAAGUGGUAAAAUGUGUUGGCCAGCAAAAAAUCUGCAUUCCUUACACUCCUGUAAACAAUCAACACACUCGACUGAAACAAGUUCUUUAAUCUGUCAUCCACAGAAUAAUUACAAUGAUGAUAAUGAUUAUUCUGCGGGACAACUACCACAACUACCGGAUUCAGUACGUUUAUUUCUCUCAUUAAUUGGUCCUUUGGAUAUUGGUGUAAAGAAUAUUGAAAAUGAAGUGAUAUCUAUAUUUUGUACAGGAGAAUUUCAGUCGAAUCAGCUUAAUGGAUUAGGUGAAUUGUGUAUUCAAACAGUUCAAGGUUCUAUCAAUGUUCGAGCCGAAUGGAAAAAUGGUCGACCACACGGUAUAGGCUCUUUAAGAUGUAUAAAUGGUGAUAUUUAUACUGGUUGGUUUGUAAACGGUACUCGAGAGGGUCAUGGUUGUCAAGAGACUUUCCCACUUACUACUACUAAUAGUAAUAAUCAACAGAGUGAAGCAAAAUGUGCGAAACGACAUCGGAAAACAAGUGAUUGGAGUACACUUUAUCUUGGCAAUUGGCUUGCUGAUAAACAGGAAGGUUUCGGUAUACAGAAGGAUAUUACAACUAGUGAUGUAUACGCUGGUCAAUGGAUGAAAGGUGCAAUGUAUGGACGUGGAAUUAUGUACCAGUCGUCUGGAGUCUGUGUAGCUGGAGAAUUUCAGGCCAACGGUAUUAAUGGACAAGGUUUAUGUAUUACUCCUGAAGGGAAUAUUUAUACUGGCAUGCUUUCUAAAAAUCAUCCGAAGGGUAAGGCUAUCCUAAACAUUUUGUCAUCUAAUCUCUUGUUGGUCGGAAAUUUCUCUGGUGCAUUGACCAGUUCUCCGUCUAAAGACAACAACACUUUAUACUUUAAAGGCAGUAUAAUACCUGUUGACGGGACAAUGAAUAAUAAUAAUAAUAACAAGCGAAUAACCUCGGGUAGUUAUCAUCAUCGUUUACGCGUUCCAUUUCUAGUGCAAGAGCGUGAGAAAAGCGGAGCCUGGAAACAGUGUGAACGAAUUGAAACUGUGAUAAAUGAACUAUCCAGUCAAGGUUUUGAAUCAUCGGUCAACUCAACUCAUUGCAAUCAGUCAGUUGAUACGAAAACAUUAGCGAAUCAUGAUUUUAUUGAAUUGGCCAUAUUAAUCUCCUCCUAUACAGUUCCAUUUCAUUUGCGUUGGGAUAGUUUAUUCCGUAAUUGUGUCAUAAACGCUAUGCACUUAUUCAAUUCCACUUCAUUAUCAUGUUUGACAGACUAUGUAAACAGUUUGACAUCUCGUGCAUCCUUGGACAAUGCAUCUAAUGCAUCAUCGAAUGACGUAGUCAGUCCACAAACCAAUAAAUAUCAUCAGCAUAUUCAACUAAUCAAUGAGUUAGCCAACUGGUGCUUGCCUACUAGUCUUGGAGGAUUAGCAGUGAACUCAAUUGAUGAAUUAUUGUGUAAUAUGCUCAAUGAACUAGACUCACAUGAAAUGCAUACAGUACAGCCUGUAUUGAAAAUCCCUACAUCUUCACCUUUAUGGCUUAAAUACUUACGAUUAAUCAGUUCACUAUUGGCUGAUUGUUUUCAUAUAACUUGUACAAUAAAUUAUAAACAGUUAUCGUGUCAUCGUCAAUCAACUGAGGUGGAUCAAUUAUUCAAUUCUCCCUAUCCAAACUAUUCAAUACAUACACAACUUGUAUUAGCUCUUAGUGAAUAUGCUCAUCUUGUCGCUAGAUUAGCGCAUACUUUCGCUCAAGCUAUACAGCAGAAACUCAAUUCUCUGGCAUUUACACCAGUGCUUCAAAUUGAUAAUGUCAAUCAUUUAUUUCAAGUUUGUGAACCGAAUGUCAGCUGUGAUUUAUUCACCCUCCCCAAUUUACUACACAUCGACAUGGUGAGUAGAGAUGACAAUGUUGAUGCUAGUGGCGGCCGAUUCUCAGUUUCAGACAUUGAUGACUGUUGUCAGUGUAAUGAGAAUGAAAAGGAAGAAAUUGAAGCAGGCGAAGAAGAAGGAGGAGGGGGAGAGGAAAGUGUUUCUAUCAAAGGCAAAUGGCAUUCCCUUUGCAGCUUACCUGAAGUUCAACUCAGCGGAUCAAUCAGUUUAUUUGAAUUGGCUUGUGAUUGUCUCCUGCCGAAUAUCUAUCCAACUUUAUUUGGAUUAUUUAAAGCACAAUACGCUAUGCUGGAUAAAUCCUAUUGGGUAUACCGUCAAGCUUUACAUUGUAAAUCUGACUUUGUGCUAUAUUCCUACCUUGAAUUAGACAAGAACUUAUGGUUGUGGCAUACUCCUUCAGUUUCUAACAUAUCGACGACACCAUUAUCCGAACAAUUUUCCGCCUUUCAUCCAGCUGUAGAUAUUCUUCGUACAAUUUGUGAUAAAACUACUCCAACUGAAAAGCUUCUAAUUAUUUAUCAGGCAUUCGCUACUGUGGAUCAGAUUAUCAGUAAAAGUAAGCCUUGCCGCAACCAUGUUCGAACAUCGCUAGAUGAGAUGGGCAAUUGUAGAAAUCCAUCAAUAUGCUCAGUGGAUACUUUGUCUCACUUGCCGGGACUUGAUCAAUUAUUGCCGAUUAUUCAGUUUGUUGUCAUCCGGGCUGGUGUUAUGUACCUGGGCGCUGAACUAGCGUAUAUUGAACAACUGGCACCGGAACGCUUAUCGCUUACUGGUCUCCUACCCUAUCUAAUGACUACACUACAAGCGUGUUAUGAUCAAAUUCUUCGAGAAGGUUUACAAUUCACAAUUCAAUUUUGAUGGCGAUCUCUUUUUUUUUUAUUUUAGUUUCUAGUUGUGGUUUUUUUUAAUAUCUCAAAUUGUGAAUUAAUUCAGGAGGUGACUAACUUAGAUUUUUUUUCAUUAUUUCAUUGAAGAUGAUUUCUGCUAAUAUUUUUUGUUUUAAAUAGAGAAGCAACGUUUUGCUAGAAUAAUCCUAUGCCUUUCUUUUUCUCCUAUUUACACUAACUUAUUUUUGAGUACUGUUUAUUUUUUUGCAAACGCACCAAUACAUACAUACUUACGUACACACGCAUGCAUGCACGCACUCAGCAUACAUGCAGCAGUUCCAACACCUGUAAUUUUUUCUCAUACACCGACAUUCUUUCAAAUACUCUCUAUUACUACUGUCUGUAUCAUUACCAUAUCGUGUAAUAUUCAUUUGCGACUGUUUUCCAUAUUGGAUACUUUCUUAAAACUUCAAUUGUGUACUUAACAGUAUUGUAUUGUUUUGUAUAUUAAAGCUAGUGAUUGGCUGUGCUUCUUAAUAUCAUUUUUGUUAAUAUUCUUUAACUAUUGGCUAGAGUGCUAUUCAUCACAACGAGAAUCAUUACUGUAUCCACCAUUCAAGCAGGUAUUGUUAAAACCAAUCUAAAUAAACGUGAUAUUAUUUCACAGAAACAUUUGUUUUCUUCAACUCACAGAGUACCUACCACAUAGCGCAUCGUAUCGUAUCGAAGGUGGCAAUAGAUAGUAGUGCCAACUUAUCAUUGCUAAGCACAGCAUGCUGUUUGUUGUCCAUCCAUACCUGAUGCUUCUUUUGUAUCUAUCUCUUUUAAUGGUUGUUAUUCACUCUAUUGUUCUCCUGUUGUUUUUUGUUUUGUAUCGUUAUAGUGUGGAGGACUGUCUUUGACACAACUGUUGUACACUGGACUAAUCUCGCUAGUCUUUAGCAAUUUUAUAUUUGUCCUCUCUGUAAGAAAAUGAGUCUAUAACGGUAUGUGACUACGAAAUCCUCUUGUUUAUGUGUAUCUCGUUUUUGUUAUUAUCAUAAUUAGUAGUUGUUGUAGUACUACUACUAGUAGUAGUAGUAGUAGUAGUAUUAGUAAUAACAGCAGACGAAAACAUUGGCUUUUACACAAACUACAAAAUCAAAAUUACGCUGGUGCUUGAGCCUAAAUAAUUAAUGGGACUUAAGUAGUAAUCAGAAUUGUGUGCACAUAUGUUUCUUGAAGUAAGAAAAAUCAGCAAGCAAUUGGGAGACUUUGUUAGAGACAGAUGAAAACGCAUUUAUUCCCUACAAUUUUUCUCUAGUGUAGGUAGUAUGUAUUGAGUUAAGCAGACUCUUAUCUUUUGGUACAUUUUCAAACUUCGUCACUUUUUUGUGACGAUGCUGCAUGGGUCCAGUCGACCAACACUUCAACUUCCUGUUUUUUGAUUCGUUCAGCAGCAUAACCGCUCAUGAACAACCUGGUACGACAGAGGAUGGGUCGGUCUUCCUCGCGAAAUGCCUUCAUGUAGCCAUACCACUGCCUUCAUGCGGCACGGGUGAAUGUAAACGUCUGGCGCUUA